AUGCGCGUUUUCGUGGUACUCGCCUGCGUGGCAUUGGCUUAUGGCCGCCCUGAACCUCCUGUAGGAUACAGCUAUUCUGCUCCUUCUAGCAGUUAUGGAGCUCCUUCCCACGGACUCAGCAGCGGAGGUCAUUCAAGCGGACUUUCAUUUGGAGGAAUUUCUGGUGGUCAUUCGUCCAGUGGCAUUUCUCUGAGCGGUGGUCACUCUUCUAGCGGAAUCUCUUUCGGCAGCAGCGGCAUUGGUGGUGGUAUUAGCGGUGGAUAUAGCAGUGGACUGAGUGGGGGUUUUGCUGGUGAUGCUGGAUUUUCCGGAAGCUUUAGCGGUGGAUACUCAGGUGCCCCUAUCGUUCAGAAACACAUAUACGUUCACGUUCCUCCACCAGAGCCCCAGGAACAGAGACUCCCGCGCAUCACCCCUGUUGCUCCCCCUCAGAAACAUUACAAAAUCAUCUUCAUCAAGGCCCCAGCUCCACCCGCACCAGUUGCUCCUAUCAUUCCUGUCCAACCUCAGAACGAAGAGAAGACUCUCGUUUAUGUUUUGGUUAAGAAGCCCGAAGAACAGCCCGAUAUUAUUAUCCCAACAGCUGCGCCUACUCAACCUUCCAAGCCCGAAGUUUACUUCAUCAAAUACAAGACCCAAAAGGAAUCCGAUGGUAUUGGAGCCGGUGCUAUUGGUGGUGGUUCCAUUGGAGGUGGUUCUCUCAGUGGCAGUGCUAUCAGUGGUGGAAUUAGCGGCGCUGAUAUCAGUGGAAGUUCCGGAAUUGAAGGUUCUGCACUAAUUGGUGGUGGUAGUCAUGGAGGAGCUGAAAUCGCCUCAGACUUUGGAUCUAGCGGUGGUGAUGCCAGCGUAUCUAUCGGUGGACACAGCGGUGCCACAAGCGCACAGUACGGUCCUCCCGGUCACGUCGCCGGGCCCCUACACUAAACUGUAAAGAUUAAGUUAGGUGGUAGGAUACGACAAUAAGUUACUGUAUUUAUUGCUGAGCGAAAAAAAUAUUUUCUACUUUAAAAUUAUAUAUCACGAGAUGUUCCAAGCAGCUUACGUUUGAACGUUUUGUACAUAGUUAUUAUCCCUCCGUUCAUUCGUAAGCUGUUCUACCACAUAGCUUAAAUAACUUAUUGUUAUAUGUCAUUAUCACCUAAUACAUUUACUCGUUAUUAGUGCACAGUGUUAAUGUUGUUCAAAUUUAGGUACUUUGCAGCGGCUGUUAUGUUUCUAUAUUAUGAAUAGCUUUUUUAUUUUUAUAAUAAAAAUAUAUGAUGCAAUAA